AUGCCUCCAUCACCUUCGGAUCAUGAUGGUCAACGUGUUUCGCUGAGCGAAAUUGAGCUCAUCGACAUCUUUGCUUUGAUCUACCAUGGCUAUCUUGGGUGCACACCGUUGUAUCCCACUGUCGCUAUUUCUCUGCGCACUCUAGCUGCAUACCGCCAGACACACCGAGUAUGUCCUACAUUCAGUUUUCAAGCGCAGUGCAAAGCACUGUGCUUUCUUCAUGAUAUCCCUUACCGACCUUACCUCACUACCCAAUUAUCGGCUGCUUUCGACAUCUAUCUACAAAUUCUUCAGCGCAUCGAUCAACGUCUUCGCACAGCUCUGAAACGCGACACGCCUAAUUGGCGUCUUCUAAAUGCAUGUCCAGCAUGCUUUUACAAGCUGGAGGACGAGCCCGACCUUCCUUUUGACUGGCUUGUAACAAUGGACGGCAACAACAGUUUGAAGAGGUGGGACUCCACGAUAUACGGGACAAAUGCGCGACUCGACUCUCGUAAGGUCCAGUCAGAUAUUUGGAUUGAUCCGGACACUGUCGACAAAUUCAACGGCGAAGUCAGAGGGCAUGCGGCUAUGUCUAAUCGAGGCGAUGAUGCCUUAAUCGAUGAUACGACAGCGGAAACUAACCCUGCUCCAUUCAGCUGUGCAGAUCGAUGGAAAAAUGCGGGCCCAGAAAUGCGGAAGAAAAUGUUUUCUGUCUUUGACGAAUCGGGCAUCUUCAUUGCGGCAUGCCGCCAUCGUUUGGUGCUUUUAGGCUGCGACAUGAUCCGAAGUGGUGAAUUGGCGAAAUAUCCGCUUGCUAUGAUUGACAAGCUUCUUGCUGUCUAUGGCAAGGGCGGCGCUUGUGCUUAUGAUAUCGGGUGCGCAUUUACGAAGACACUAAGUAAUAGUUCUUUAGGGUCGCGUGCACACCAGCUUGGAUUUCGUCUUAUGGUCGGGGCCUUUCAUGGGCACGCUCACAAUCGGAAAUGCCAACUCGACUGGCAUCCACUCUACAUUUCUGGAACCGGACACAGCGAAGGAGAGGGGUGCGAGCACAUAUUUUCAGCAUCGAACGCACUCGCUCGUGGCACCCGGCAUGCAAGCACGUUUCAUCGGCAUCAGACAAUCAAUCAACAUUUUACGUUUUGGAAUGACGAUAAAUACGCCGCUCUCAGCAAUUUUCUCUGGAACCACUAUCGCGAGGCUUUGAAAUCAGUUCAGACACUCACCGUCGAACUGUCUGCCAUCAAAGCUGAGCUGGAUAUUACUGAUGACGAUUUCCCUCGGUACAUACUUCAAGAACGCGCUUAUCUGGAUGGUUUGAAACAGCCGCCUACGAGAGACCAAAAUUGCAUCCGAUACGUUGAGGCACUCGAUGAAUUAGCCGAACGAAAGACUGAUUGGGAUUCCGCGCGUGAAUUAGCCAACAAUGCUCUUACGGAAAUUGCAACCGGCAGCUUGGAGCGGAUCAAUGAAGCCCUAGCCCAAGCUCGGAUUCGCGUUGAUUCGUCUUACGCCAAGUUACAGCAUGCUGAAAUGCUAGUGGUGCACAUUGAACUCCAACUCGCUGUAGAGGGACGGUGGGAGAUAGGCGGUGAUGAAUACAACCGAUUCAAGAUGGAAGCUUGUCUUGGCAAGUACCGCACCGCACUCGAUGAUUUGGAGCGGCUCCUUUCUAAAUUGUCAUUGUCGGGGACAGGGUACAAGUUACGUCAACAGAUCGGCAAGGCUUUGCAACGGCGUUCGGAAGCCAUUCGAAAUGCGAUCAAUCGUUAUAAUAUUCAAGCUAUAGCCCUAAAUCCCCCGCGUCCGAAGAUUUCAUGGAAAGAUAUCGCUGACUAUAGCUUUCUGGGCGAGUUCGAUCUUUUACGACACUCACGCACCGAUAUUCGCAGCGAGGAUUGGGCCAAACCAGCCCAUCGAGAAGCAACUACAAAAUACUUCAAGCUUUGUCGAGCACAUGAAGAGAUCACGCGACUUAAUGUCGAAAUUCAGUCGCUUACGCACCGCUAUUCAUGCUGA